AUGGAUGCUGUUUGUCAGGUCGUGUCUGUCGGGCGCUCGCUCUCGGAUGAGCGACAGGUAGAAGCUGAGCACGAGGAGCUGGACUGGGAUAGUUUCACCACAUCCAUCCCAAUCCAUCAGUCCUCAGACUCUGCAGUGAGGAAGCUCUCUGAAGAUCUCACCCAGAAGAACGAGCUGGUUCACAAACUGCAGAAAGAAAAGGAGCACCUGGUGGAGUUGAGCCAGCAGGCCGUCGAGGACUUACAGUGCGAGGAGGAGAAGGUGAACCUCCUGACCAAAGAGAAAGCCAAGCUGAAGCUGCAGGCAGAGGAUCUGGAGUAUCUGUUGGAGCAGGAGAGGAAACAGAGGACGGAUUUGGAGAAGAGCAGGCGUAGGCUGGAGGGAGACGGUAGGAACACUAUGGACAACCAGACAGAGAUGGGCAAGAUGAGGGCCAGUCUGGAGGAGCUGAUCAGGAGGAAAGAUGUGGAGAUAAGCAGCACCAGCAGCCGGCUGGAGGCCGAGGAGGCGCUGAACACAGGCCUGCAGAGGAAGAAUAAGGAGCUCCAGGUCCGCAUUGAGGAGCUGGAGGAAGAGCUGGAGGCUGAGAGAGCCUUACGGGCAAAGGUGGAGAAGCAGCGCGCUGAUUUGAGCCGUGAACUGGAUGAUCUGACAGACAAACUGGAGGAAGCAGGAGGAGCCACGGCCUCUCAGAUGGAGAUGAAUAAGAAGCGCGAGCUGGAGCUGCAGCGUCUCCGGCGGGAGCUGGAGGAGUCGUCGGUGCAGGCGGAGGCGGUGGCCGCAGCACUGAGGAAGCGUCACAGUGAUGCUCUGUCGGAGCUGGGAGAACAGUGCGAGAGCCUGCAGAGAACCAGAGCCAAGCUGGAGAAAGAGAAACAGAGUCUGAGGCUGGAGGUGGACGAUCUGGCGGCUUCGCUGGACACGCUGCAGAAAGCCAAGGCAUCGACUGACACUCAGAUGAGAAAACUAGAGGAGCUGCUCUGUGACGCCAACACUAGGAAUGAAGACCUGCAGAAAACUGUGAACGAGGUUACAGCAGCCAAGAACAGACUCACAGCUGAAAACAAUGAGCUGACGAGGCAGAUGGAGGAGAUGGAGAACAAGGGCAGCCACCUGAGCCGAUCGAAAGCCCUGCUGAUAUCCCAACAUGAGGAACUCAAGAAACAGUUUGAUGAGGAGGUCAAGGCCAAAGCGCUGCUGGGCAGCAGUCUGUCUGCGCUGCGGCAGGAGUGUGACACGAUGAAGGAGCAGCUGGAGGAGGAGCAGGAGAGCAAACAGGAGCUGCAGCGCCUCGUCUCCAAACUCAACAGUGACGUCACGCACUGGAGGAGCCGCCAUGAGGCUGAUGCCAUCCAGCACAGCGACGAGCUGGAAGAAGCCAAGAAGAAGCUGUUGGCUCGUCUGCAGGAGGCCGAGGAGGCGGCGGAGGCCACACAGGCCAAGUGCUCCAGUCUGGACAAAACCAAGCAGAGACUGCAGGGAGAGGUGGAGGAGCUGUGUGUGGAUCUGGAGAAGGCGAACAAUGUGGCUGCAGUGCUGGAUAAGAAGCAGCGGAUGCUGGACAAGCAGCUGAGUGACUGGAGGCAGAAGUGUGAGGAGCUGCUGUCGGAGGUGGAGAGCUGUCAGAAGGAGAGCAGACAACACGCCGCAGAGCUCUUCAAGCUCAAAACCACCUAUGAGGAGUCCGUGGAGCAGAGCGAGGCUCUCCGCAGGGAAAACAAGGCCUUACAGGAGGAGAUCGCGGAUCUUACCGACCAGCUGUCAGAUGGAGGGAAGAGCGUCCAUGAGCUUCAGAAAAUGAAGAAGAAAAUCGAGAUGGAGAAAGAAGAGCUGCAGGCAUCGCUGGAGGAGUCAGAGGCGGCAUUAGAGGCCGAGGAGACGAAGGUUCUGCGUCUUCAGCUGGAAGUGUCUCAGGCUAAAGCAGACAUGGAGCGCAGACUGCAGGAGAAAGAAGAGGAGUUUGAGGCCACCAGGAAGAGCCACCAGAGAGCGCUGGAGUCUCUGCAGGCCAGUCUGGAUGUGGAGGUGAAGGCGCGCACGGAGGCGGCCCGGCUCAAGAAGAAGAUGGAGAGUGAUGUGAAUGAGCUGGAGGUGCAGGUGGACCAGCUGAACAAGAACAACGCAGAGCUGAUGAAGAGCGUGAAGAAGCUGCAGCAGCAGAUCAAGGAGCUCCAGGCUCAGCUGGAGGAGGAGGCGCGCAUGCAGGAGGAGCUGAGGGAGGAGCAGAUGCUGCUGGAGCGCCGCUGCACUCUGCUGGUCACCGAGGGCGAGGAGAGCCGUGCUGCGCUGGAGGCGACCGAGAGGGUGCGCAAGAGCCUGGAGACGGAGCUGCACGAGACAGCAGAGAAAUACAACACACUCGACAGCCAGUUCCAGAGUGUGUCCAGCGGGAAGCGGAAGCUGGAAGUGGAUGUUCAGCAGCUGAUGCAGGAGCACGAGGAGCUGCAGACUGAACUCAGAUCAGCCAACGACAAGGCCAAGAAAUCUGCAUGUGAGACGGCGCGUGUGCUGGAGGAGCUGCGUGUGGAGCAGGAGCACAUAAUGCAUCUGGAGCGCGUCAAGAAGAGCCUGGAGCUCCAGAUGAAGGACAUGAGCGGCAGACUGGAGGAAGCUGAGCAGAUGGCCAUGAAGGGAGGGAAGAAGAUCAUUCAGAAGCUGGAGGGGCGGGUGAAGGAGCUGGAGCUGGAGCUGGACAGCGAGCAGAAGAGACACGCUGAGACGGUGAAGAGCCUGCGUAAGAACGAGCGGCGUCUGAAGGAGCUGCUCUUCCAGUCCGAGGAGGACCAGAAGAACCAGCACCGCAUGCAGGAGCUGGUGGAGAGACUCCAGAUGAAGAUGAAAGCCUACAAGAGACAAGUGGAGGAAGCGGAGGAGCAGGCGAAUGUGAAUCUGGCCAAGUACAGGAAGACAGUUCAUGAGCUGGACGACGCAGAAGAGCGGGCCGACAUCGCCGAGUCUGCGCUAACCAAGAUCAGGACCAAGAACAGAGGCAGCUUCGGCAAAGGCUACUCAUCAGGUUACAGCACUCCCUAUCCCGGCCUGGUGAGGUCGCCCAGCUCUGUGGGGUCAGAGGGCAGAGGUGAGAAGGUCACUGAUGACGACGAGUCCAUCAGCUCUCUCAUUCCCACGUACUUGAAUUCAAUCAAGAAACUCAUGAUCGAUUAGAAUCAGAGAUUUUUCAGUCUUCUGCAUUCCUCAUUUUUGUCUUAAAAAAUAACUGUAAACAUAUAAAUCUUUUGAUUACAACAAGUAUCUAUCUUCAGUAUUAUAUUUGGUAUCAUCAGCAUGACUUUACUAUCAAGAAACGAAAA